AUGUCAGCUUUUUCUGACAGCAUAAGUAAUUCAACGGACGUAAGAUUUUCAGCUGUACGCUAUUUAGUAACAAAAAAACCAAAUGGCAUCGAUAAAUCAACAAGGAAUAUCUUUCAAUGGCAAAGUUUCAACGGUACAGCACUCGAAUUACCCAAGAGUACCACUGAAUCAUUUAUAACAACCAAGAAAGUGUUUAAAAAACCUCGCAAAGGAUUAAAAAAACGUCGUAAAAAUAGAAAAUUAAGAAGGCGUCAACGGUUAUUACUUGCCGAUCAACAAUCGACCGAGAAAGUUGAUAAACAACCGACAAUUGAAUUAAAAUCGUUAAAUAGUGUAAUUGAAAAAAAUAUUACUUCAGUUGGUGAUACCAUUAUCGUUCCGAAUGAAACAAAUAUCGUAAAGAUUAUACCUAAGGAUACAAUUACUGAACAAAAUAUCCUAAAACAACAAAUUCAAUUGAAUAAGAUACAACAGAAUCAAAAGCCACCAUUACGAAAUGAUUCAAGUGUUUUAUUACAAAAAUUAUUACGUCAAAAUUUUUAUAUGAUUUGCGGUAAUAAAUAUUGUGAUCAUUCAUGUUUAGAUGACGUCACAUCAACAUGUGGGUGUUAUCGUGGAUUUCGUUUAGCUAAAGAUGGGAUUCGUUGUAUGGAUAUAAAUGAAUGUAAAAUUGACAAUGGAAAUUGUUCACAUAUGUGUAACAAUAUGCCCGGAUCAUAUCGAUGUAAAUGUCCUGAAGGAUAUCGUAUUGGAGAUGAUGGUAAAACCUGUCAGGAUAUUAACGAGUGUUUGCUACGGAAUGGACAUGGCCAUUGUCAGGAUACAUGUAAAAACACGAAUGGUAGUUUUGAAUGUGGCUGUGAAAACUUACCAGGUACACACUUAAAUCAAGAUGGCCGCACUUGUGGAACAAUGGAUUUAUGUUCAAAAGCUGGAUGUUCACAUAUUUGUAUAAAUACUGUAUGGAAUGCAUUUUGUACAUGCCCGAUUGGAUAUCAAUUGGAUAAUGAUUGGAAAACGUGCAAAGAUGUCAAUGAAUGCGAUGAUCCUGAAAUCAGUGAAUCAUGUAAAUUGGGCUGUAUAAAUACAAUUGGUUCAUAUAAAUGUGUUAAAACUGGUGAAAUAUUUCAAAAUGAUGAACAUUUUCAAAAUAGUUCAUGUGCUAAAUUAGAACAACCACAAUAUGGUUACAUUCAGUGCUAUAAUAAUAAAGAGUAUACCUCAAAAUAUCAAACACAAUUUUCAUCAGGGACGGUAUGCCAUUUAACAUGUCCUAAAAAUGGAUUUAGAAAAUCUGGUAGAUUUAAACAAAUUUGUAUUAUUAAUGGUAAAUGGAUUGGUCCAAAGGAUGGUAAAUGUAUUAAAACAAAUUGAUCUUUCUUCUAGCUCCUCUAAAAUGUAAACAAACCCUUGUGGGGUGGAUUUAAAGAAAAUUUCCACCGUAAUAAAAGUCCGUAAACGGAACAGAUAAUACAAAAAUCCAUAGAAUACGAGUUUUUUUUUGAAAGAAAAUAAACUUGAGUUUUUUUAUACGCGGAGGUUUUACCAAACAGGAAAAGUCUAUUUUUCCCUAAACGAUUAAUUUUUAAUACUUGCAGGAAAUUUAAUGGGGAAAAUGUUUU